CUUAGAGAUAAUCUUUGGACAGACAGAAAUAACCACUCAAACAAAUCACCUAAUUAAAAAUCCGUUUUCAGCCAGUGGGUUUUUUUAUAUGUCAGUCUUUUAAUUUUUAUAAGUCACUACCAUUACGCUACGGGGAAAUAGGUCGCCUACUAACUUAAGGAGCGCUACAUUCUGAACACUAGACACCAGUUCGAACCUGCUCCCACCAUGAAGCCUGGUAUUCGAGUGGUGAGGGGACCCGACUGGACUUACGAAGAUCAGGACGGAGGUGAAGGUCAUGUGGGCACUGUAGUGCAGGUCCCAGGGAAGGACGACUCUUCAACUCCUGAUAAACAUGUCACAGUUUUGUGGGACAAUGGAAACAGACAUCUGUACAGGGUGGGUGCUGAAAACGCCUAUGAUCUCUAUGUUUUGGACAACGCCCCUGCAGGAGUUACUCAUCCUGUCGUCUGCCACAGAUGUAAAGACAUGGGAAUAAAAGGGUUACGAUGGAAGUGUAACAGCUGUGAAAAUUGCGACCUAUGUAACAAAUGUUACGGAACAGAUCAACACGAACCGAGUCAUCAGUUUAGCAGAUAUGACACACGGGCCUCCAAUGGAAUAUUAGUUGCAGCACGAAGCCAAAGUCGAGAUGAAAAAAUUAGAGCCAUGGGAAUUUUUACUGGAGCAACAGUUUGUAGAGGCUCUGAUUGGCAAUGGGGAACCCAGGACGGCGGAGAAGGUCAACAAGGGACUGUCAAAGAGGAUGGGAAACCACCUUAUCGUUCAUUGGUCAUAGUACAGUGGGCGUCUGGUAAAGCAGCAGUCUAUCGAGUGGGAGCUGAUGGGUACGUUGACCUCAAAUGUGUGGCCCCAGCAUCCGGCGGAUAUUACUAUAAGAGCCACCUUCCAGCAUUAGGCAAAACAGUGUUAUGUGAAAGCAAAGAAGCAGAGUCAUUUCUAGAAUUGAUGCAAGAUAUGGGAUCUUCAAUGUUUAAUCCCCUAAGGGGAGAAGAUUUUGCAUCAACCGUGUUCAAUCCGCGGAGACGUUUGGAAUUGAUGAGUAAAUUGUCAAAGAAAAAACGUCCAUCUGGGUUCUCUGAAAUACGCGAAGGCACUAGAGUUGUCAGGGGACCUGACUGGAAAUGGAAAAAUCAGGACGGUGGAGAAGGUCACAUGGGAACUGUUAAGAAGGUCACCGGAUUGCCCCAGAAGAGUUCAGUGAAAGUGAUUUGGGAGUCAGGAGACAAAAAUAUUUAUCGAGCUGGAUUUAAGGAUUGCUAUGAUCUUCUUGUGUACGAGAGCGCACCUAGCGGAAUCAAACAUCUGAAUGUUACGUGUAAUGAGUGUAAGCAGGAACCUAUUUAUGGCGCGCGUUGGAAGUGUGCUGAUUGCGACAACAUUGACCUGUGCACAGUCUGUUACAACAUGGACAAACAUGACCUAACACACGCCUUUCUGAGGAUGGAUAAGCAGUCCUCCAGAGCAGUGCCAGUACCAAAGCGUUGUGACAGUGUUAAAGUGACAUCGAAAGGAAUAUUUGAAGGUGCUCAAGUCAAGCGUGGAAAGCACUGGAAAUGGGACGAUGUCGAUGGUGGUCAAGAUAAGGAAGGUUUAGUGGUCAAGAUCACCAAAUGGACACCAGAGACACGCAGAAGUGGAGCUAUGGUCACGUGGCCUGGGCCAUCAAACAAACCUGUUCGUCAUCGGUUGGGACACAAAGGCAAGAUGGAUUUGAAGUUUUCGAAGCCCGUGGUCGGUGGUCACUACUACAAGACACACUUGGCUAUCUUAGGUAAACGCGAGAAAGUUCCCCAAAAGUUCAAAGUCGGCGACAAGGUGAACAUCAUCAUCGACGUGGAGGCUGUCAAAAGGAUGCAAGAAGAUCAUGGAGGCUGGAACGACGGAAUGAUCAAAUAUAUGAAAAAAGUUGGUAUGAUCAUUCAAGUCGACGAUUUUGGUGUUGUUAUCGUGAAAUACGAUGAUAAAAAGUUGGUCUAUAAUCAGGAUGUUUUAAAUCUGGUCUGGUUGAACCCAGAGGUAAAGCAAGGACCCACCAGUAGCCAAGAACAGACAACUCCAAGCAGCUCUCAGCGAGAUUCAGCGCCAUCUAGCUUAGUGGAUAAGAUGGACGUACACUACAGCAGUAAUGAGCUGCGAACAGUCCAGCCCCAAUGCAAGAUUUGUCUUAGCUGUGACUCUUGUGUAGCCUUUGUCCCUUGCGGUCAUCUGGUCAGCUGUCCUAAAUGCGCCGAAGGAGUGGACAAAUGUCCAAUCUGCAGAGCAGAUAUAAUACAAUUGCUUCGGACAUAUAUACAAUAAAUAGAAACAUAUAGAGUUUCAUCUAUUUAUAAUAAAUGUUUUACUUUCCAUCGAUUCAUAAAAAUUAUAAAUAGUAAGUUUAAAUAAAUCCUGAAUUUUUUUUUGUUUUCAAAAAGAAAUCAAAGAAUCUUCGAUUUCGUUGGUAAUUCCAUUAACAAUUUAGUUAGUAUUUUUUUUUUUAUAUUUGUUAUAGUUUUUUUUUCACGUUUUUAUUCUUUUCACGUUUUUAUAGUGUUGCGUAUUUAUAAAAUAAUCUUUUUAGUUUGUCCAUUGUUAUUUAAUGAUGACCACUAAGUGAAAUACAUUAAGAUAUUUAUUAAAAGGAAGAUGAAUCGCGGAACAUGACUAUCUCACUUGCUCUAAAUCUCUUUCUUUUUUGGAAUAAGAAUGCGUCAAGAGGUCCGGGGGCAGGUGCUGAAGUGCUGUAGAUGACCAUUUCCGGUUCUAAUGAUGUCCACAGCACAGUGAUGAUUGUUGCCAGUCCGUCUACUCUUUCUACUGUGACAUAACGCGCAGCCUGGCAAGUGAGGCUACAUUAGCCAGGUUGGACAAACUAUACAUUUGGAUGAAAUGGAUUUGGCAGAUAUUUUUUCUCAUGGUUUAGCUUGUCAGUCAAGGCCAUUUCCGCUGGGUGUGGCACAUGUUAAAGCUCCUUGGAAGCUAAUAUAAAUAGGUGGGUCAGCCAGGCUACUAGUGCUGGUACCCUCCAAGACACCACAUACACUCAAAAAAUCUCUGCCGUAUUAAUCUACCGAUAACUUAUAAUCUAUCUGUGAAAAUAGAUCCGCGUACUUUUCAUGAUAAUUGAGCAGACGUGAACUCUAGCACAUAAUGAUGCAACAAUUUUGUUGUUCGGAAACAUGUUCAUGCACAUUAAGCAAUCCGAAUGGCAGUUUUUGGCGGUCUAGCGAUUCUAAUGGGUAAAAACAGAACAGAAGUGAAAUACAAUUCAAAUAGCAAGGACAUACCAAGCCUAAUAAUAGAAUCACUUAGCGAGGGUCUCACAAAAAAAGGUGACUAAAGUAGUAAUACUUUGAGAACAGUUAAAUUGGAUUUAUAAACAUAUAUUUAAGUAUGUACGCAUGUUUAGCUUUUGUAUGAGUUCGUAUUAGUGCAUGUAAAUCUCUGUCAUCUGACAUUAUAUUAUAUAUUUUACUUAGCUUUUUAAUCCAUACUGUUUAAAGUUUUGUUGUUUUUUUUUCAGGUAAUUUAAUUUUGUUUACAGACGUAUACGAAGAUUUAUAUUUGUUUUAAUGAAAUGUUAGUUUGAUAAAUAGUGUACGUUUGUGGCACCAGCACUAGAAUUUGUACGUCUGUACAAUUACGCUGUUUAAGAUAUUUUUAAAUGGACUUAUUUUAAACUUUAUAUUUUUAUUAUUUGACAACAAUUAUUAUAUAUUGAUGUAUUUUCCGGUAUGUAAAUUUUUUAUUUAAAUUUUUCUUUAAAUUUUU